CCGAAAACAGCCGAACUCUUGCCAUUAAGAAACACAAGACGUUACGAGAUUUAGUGUAGUUAAUACAGCAAUAUGUUUGCGUUACGACAUUUGUGUCUGCAGGGCCGCUUAAGAAUGCAUUUUCCACCCGCAGUAGCAGCGACAGCAACUACAAUUACAACAACAAAACACAUGUCAGCUGUGCCGGCGCGUGUUUUGGUUGAGAUGCACACACAUGCCAAGAGCUGCUACGGUAGACAUAAGUCUCUAUUGCUCCAAGAGCGAAUGACAACCUGGACGCUAAACCAAAGAACAACGACCACGCUUUCUGCAACAGAUUCCAAUGAACAAAAGAAACCGCCGACAAAGUCGCCGCUGCAAGAGUUAGUGGCUGCUGCAAGACCAUAUGCACAGCUAAUGCGUAUUGAUCGGCCAAUUGGAACGUACUUGCUGUUCUGGCCAUGCGGCUGGAGCAUAGCUCUUAGCGCUAACGCUGGCUGUUGGCCAGAUUUUGCCAUGCUAGGAUUGUUUGCCACGGGCGCGCUAAUUAUGCGUGGUGCCGGUUGCACCAUUAACGAUCUCUGGGACAAGGACAUAGAUGCAAAAGUUGAGCGUACGCGAAGUCGCCCCCUAGCUGCUGGAAAGAUUACACAAUUUGACGCUAUAGUUUUUCUCUCGGCGCAACUCAGUUUGGGCUUGCUUGUGCUCGUGCAGCUGAACUGGCAAUCUAUACUGCUGGGUGCCAGUUCGCUGGGUCUAGUGAUCACGUAUCCACUAAUGAAGCGUGUCACAUACUGGCCACAACUAGUGCUUGGCAUGUGCUUUAACUGGGGUGCGCUCUUGGGCUGGUGUGCUACACAGGGCAGCGUAAACCUAGAUGCCUGUUUACCACUUUACUUGUCAGGCGUGUGCUGGACAAUUGUGUAUGACACCAUCUAUGCACACCAGGAUAAACUGGACGAUAUGCAGAUUGGCGUCAAGUCAACGGCACUGCGUUUUGGCGAGAAUACUAAAAUGUGGCUAUCAGGAUUUACUGCGGCGAUGCUGACGGGUCUCUCGGCUGCUGGUUAUGCCUGCGAUCAAACACUUCCAUACUACGCAGCCGUUAGCAUAGUUGGUGCUCAUCUGGCACAGCAGAUCUACUCACUGAACAUAGAUAAUCCUAGCGAUUGCGCAAAAAAGUUCUUUUCGAACCAACAAGUUGGCCUCAUUUUAUUUUUAGGCAUUGUGCUGGGCACACUGCUCAAGUCGGACGAUCCUAAGCAGCAGCGUAAAUCUUUAAGCACACCCGCAUCCACAGCUGCUUAUGUGCCGUUGCCCCAAACGAAACCCGAUGUAAUUAGCUAAUGGGGUUCAUU